UUUGCGCAGGUUUCUCUUGCAUCCUUGUUCAUCUUGCGCGUACGGUGCGCGGCUAAAUAUAGAAAAUAAUAUUUACAUGCUUGAUAUCCAUCCAUGCACGUUCGAUAAAUGUUAUUAAUUUUUUCUCGCGUUUGGCUCGUUUGAAAUUUUGAAAAAGUGAGUUCAUCGUCGCUAUUAUCCACGGCUUCGACACCUACGUUUCGGCGGUUUUCGAAAGUUGGAGUUGUGACGAUCGAGAAGUUCUGAUUUUCUAUAACUUUCGUAAAUUUUUGGUCGGCACCAAUUUUGGUUUGUGUCUGUGAUAUAGUUAAUUUUACUAACUACCGAACGCGGUUUUUUAGUACGUAUAUAUUUAUUGUGAUUCGAAGAUUUUUGAUCGUACGAGCGGCGGGUUGAACAUUAACCGGCGGUUUACAUCGAUUUGAUAAGAGUGUUUCGGUUUGUUUGUUUGUUUGUUUUUUGAAGGUUGUGCUUCCGCCUUUCGCGAUUGACAUCUGUGUGGCUUUGAAGUUCAAAACUGUACUGAUCACCUGCAAAAAUACCGGGCUCGACAAAUAUCACCAAGGAGUUAAUUCCGUGCUGAAUUGUGAUUAUUCGUUGACAUGCGGCCUUCGUGCAAGUUUGAGAUUCUCUCGGCAUGAGUGCAGUUAAGUCGGCGCAAUAGUUACGCUGUGCAGUUUAAUACAACGAUCGUUAUCUAAAUUCGGUUUUAGUCCAUAAUAUUCGAGUCUAUUUUUACGGUUCCAGUCUCAAUGAAGUGUCUUUAGAUCAAGUUCUCGGUUCCGAACCGAGUGCUCUUGUGAAAAAUUUAAUUGUGGACGUUGUGUCGCUCUUUCCAUUGUGAAUGACUUUCCGCGUUCCGAUAUUCCUCUCGCCCUGAUGGGAGUUUAUGAAGACAGCGCCCAUCAAGAGACGGGCAUGCAUUGGCAACCGGACCGUCACCAGAUGCUAGCAACUGCGUACGACCCGUCGCGGGACCUGAGUCCGAACCUGCCGACCCUGUCCGGCUCGGGGCGGGGGAGCGAGCCGAUGACGACGUUCGGGGCGAACGGGCCGUGCGCGGGCGGCGGCGGGGGCGGGUACUGCCCCCUCAAGCGGGAGUACGAGGCGCCGGAGGAGGACUGCCGGGGGUGCCGCGACGCCAACGCCAACUGCGACGCCAGCGCCGACUCCGGCGAGUACUGCAUGAAGAGCUGCUCCGAGGACUACCUGGUCGAGCCCAAGCCGGAGCCGCAGGGGCAGCGCGUGGAGGCCGCCCCCGCCGACGGGAACGCCGCCGAAGACGAGUGCGCCGGCUGCGGGCGACGCAUCCGCGACCGAUUCCUCCUCCUCGCCUGCGACCGCCGCUGGCACCAGGCCUGUCUCCAGUGCUGCCAGUGCCGGGCCACCCUCGAGAGUGACGUCACCUGCUUUACCAAGGACGGCAACAUCUACUGCCGCAAGGAUUAUUAUAGGUUAUUUCGCCAGCGGCGGUGUUCGCGGUGUCAAGCAUCGAUCUCGUCCAGCGAGCUGGUCAUGCGAGCCAAAGAAUACGUCUUCCACAUCCAUUGUUUCUCCUGCGUCGUUUGCUCAACCCUCCUCACAAAAGGUGCUUAUUUCGGAAUGCGGGACAGCGCCGUCUUCUGCAGACUCCACUACCAAGAGCUUCCCCCGUGCCCCCCUUGUCCUCCGUGCCCCCCUUGUCCCCCGUCGAACCCUCCUAACUCGACCCCUGAGGACCACUACGACCACUACCCCUCACCUUUCCCCUCUCCCUCCUCCGACUAUCACCCUAGGCUCCACAAUUUACAAUCCUCACCUUUGCCAAAUACCCCCUCCGAUCCUGUCGGGAAAGUAGAAAGCACGUUUUUUAAUGGGGCGCCCACGCCUAGGCAAAAAGGACGGCCUCGGAAAAGAAAACCCAAAGACUUAGAAGCUAUGUCAAAUUUAGAUUUAAAUACGGAAACCUAUCUAGAUGUCGCUUUCUGUCCGGGGACGCCGAGUUUAGGCGCCAACGGAAGCCACCACCAAAGAACGAAGAGAAUGAGGACUUCAUUUAAACAUCAUCAACUUAGGACAAUGAAAUCGUACUUCGCCAUCAACCACAACCCAGACGCGAAGGACCUCAAGCAACUUUCACAAAAGACUGGACUCCCCAAGAGGGUUUUACAGGUAUGGUUCCAAAACGCGAGAGCGAAAUGGAGGCGGAUGAUGGUGAAGCAAGAAGGAGGUAGCAAUAAAUCUGGCGACAAAAGCGAUUCAUCGAACUCAGCAAUAGACACAGUUUACCAUCACAAUGUUUCGGGGAUGUCGUCACCUCAGCAUUAUAUGAGUUCCUCUCCUCUCGAAUGCAGCUCUUAACAGCUCAUAUCGAAUGAAAAUUUAUUCGAUUUCAAAGUUCCAAAGGAGAAAUCUCCUGAAGUAGAAAAUAGGGACGCUGAGCAGAUUAUUAAUAUUUAAAGAAAGUAGUUUAGAAAUUGAAUCCCGUGAUUAAUAAUCUAAUAUUGUCGGUUCAGAUCAAUGUUGAAUAAGGAAUUCGAAAAAAAAACAAAAAAACAAGUCAAAUAUUUUUGAAGAAGUGUGUAAAAUCCUGUUUCGACUUAAAGAAGGGACUAAACAACUUUUGAUCAGAUCUCAGAAAUAUGCUUUAAAACACAAACAUUGCAGUCUUGCAUAAAGUGAAGACGUUUCAAGUUGAGCGAUGGCCUCUUUGUGUCACAAGACAAAUCCAACUAUACCUCAGAUUUUCGUAAUUGAGCUUUUUUUAAUUUAUUGACUUUUUAUUUAAAACUACGGUUUAGUGCAUGUCUAAUGAGAGACGUGUUGAAUUUCUUGUAUAGUUGUACGACACACUAUUACACGCUGAUAAACAUCCACCGAUGAGAAAGAUAUUGACUUCUCUCGACAUAUUUUUUGUAUUAAAAAAUCUUACCAGGAACUUCUUACUUUUAAAAUUUAUUUGCAAUUUUUGUUUUUAUGAUUUGACUGUACUCAGACGAAAACCAAUAUGCACUGAUGAAAAACUCAUAUUGCAUGAAUCCGCUGUCCGGAAUUUUAUCAUCAAUAGAAAAAAACCCACCUGUCAUCCGACGCCCAUAAUUGUUCUUUCCAUUUUGUGGCUUUUUCCAUUUUCUGGGGAAAGUGUUUUCACACUCGAAAAUUACAUAUUUUAAAUAUAAUAGCUGACGAGUUCAUUAUAACCCUCUGAUAUCAUACUUAUAUUUUCUGAACCUUAACAAAAUGUUGCUAAAGAGGCAUUUGACUUAUAUUCAAUGUCUUACAGUAGUCCAUUUUGAUAGCGCUGGGCCGUUUGUUUCUUUUUGGUAAUUUUGUUUUGACUAAUGUUCUUCUUAAUUUAUACUUACAAAUAUUUUGCACGUAUAAUUAAGAAAUCCGAUAGAAUUGGUAAAAAUGAUACACACUUGAAACGGAUCAAUUGGACCACAUUUUGCAAUAAGGAACCACUAUUUUUGACUCAUUUUAAAAACAACAUAAAUUCGAUUGGUUUCCCUAUGCAGAAAGGUGCUUUUAUAGAAGAGCCAGAGAUAGUGGUGCCUUAUUGCAAAAUGUAAUCCAAUUAUUUCAUGAACUUCUCGACAUAGCCAUUCCUUAGUAAAAAUUCCUCUUUCAUUGUUUGAUAUCAUUUAACAAAAUGAGAUAUCACCAGUAGAACUCUGAAACAGCCUCAUUUAUGAGCGGAACCUUUUUUGAAAUUUCAGCGCACUAUGCCUCCCUACAUCACAUCUGAACUUUUGACAAAAGUGAAGUUUUUAUUUCUCUCAUCAAAGACAUGUUUGUUUAAUCCAAAGAUGCCAAUAUUUUAUUGUACUAUAAAAGUGGCCUGGAAUCAGUUUCCAGCCUGUUCAUAGCAAUUAUUUUAAAUGUGAUUUAUAACUCUGACAAUUUUUAAAGUCAGUUAAUUAUGUAAAAUACUGUGAAUUUUUAAAAAUUCGAUCGAUUGGUGUAAAUUAUUCUCUGAAAUCAAAAAUGUAAUAUUUCAACUGUAUUUAUUUGUACAAUGAUUCUAGCUGAUUAUACGAGUCCACGUUGCUCGUUUUUUUGAGUGAACUAACUUCACUUAAACUUUGAUGGAUGCUUGUAAAUACCAAGGAAUCUUUUCUUUAGAUAGAAUUUGUACAAACUGAGCUAUAGAUAUGAUUGUAAAUUAUAGAAAAUGUCUCUUGUGAUAUACACGAUAAUAAAUAUUUUCAAUUAUUAUUUGAACUUUAA